GUGCGUCUUCCUUCUCCUCUCUCUCUCUCUCAAACUUCUGACAACCUACGCUGCUAUGAGCAUGGGUAUGAAGUGGAUGGAGGCCAUUGAGCAUGUACUUGCUCACAAUGAGCCUCCCAUGCACUACAAAGACGUCCUAGAAAUCAUCAUAGCAAACGACAUGGUUCCCAUCCGGGGAACAACGCCGUCGAACACGAUCAACUCGGUCAUCAACCAGGAGAUCAACACCCGUGGUGACGAGUCACUGUUUGUCCGGGUCGGGCGAGGCAUGUACCGGCUGCGGUCGGAUACACGGCCGUCGGUGGGGGGCAAGCGAAAGCGCACGGCGAGUGCCAAGGGCAAGUCAAGCGUGGCGUCUAGCAAGCCACCGGCAGCUAAGCGAGUCAAGCCGCUGAUGGGGACUGCGCGCGGACGGCGGGUCGAGGCCGAGCUGAUCCAGGCGGCGCGGGUGGCACGGGCGCUGCUUGGGUCCAAGGCCGCGAGUCAGGCGUCGCCGACGGCGACUGACUCGGAGGAGACCAACGGCGAGUCUGACGGCUCGAGCUCACCGUACAUCUCGCUAAGGGUGGCCGCUGUGGUGAGCGAUGACGACGACGACGACGACGACGAAGGCGCCAUCUCGCUGGAGGCGCCGUCGCUGCUCCCGUCCGAGGUCCCGUCACGUGCGUCCAGCUCUGCCGACGACGACGAGUUGUACUCGGAAGAGCUGGCGCUGUCGGAUCUGGAGCGACUUCCGCAUCGACGGGCGCGGAGCAAGGGCACCAAGGUGACCUUGGAGCUUGCCAUCGGGCUCGCGGCGCACGAGGACGACGACGAUGACGACGAUGAGGAGGAGGAAGCCAGCGAUGACGAUGGGGCGUCGUGCUCGGUGGUGGUGCUCAAGGCGCAAGCGUUUGGCUCUGGAGAUGACAACUCGAUCGAGGCGCACGAGACCGUGGUCUCACACGACAUUUUUGGGACGGCGGCGAUGGUUGUGAUGAGCGGGGCGGCGAGCGUGGCGCGGUACGAGCUUGUGUCGAAGAGCGACGCGCGGAACAAGCCAGAGCGGCUGUUCAAGCGGCCAAACGAGGACCGGGUCGCGUUCCGGUCGGGCUUCUGGCGUGACGAGCCGUUCUGGCUCUACCUAGUGGCAGACGGACACGGUGGCGCUGAUGCAGCCGAGUUCUUUGCGGCUGCGAUUCCGCCCAACGUGGAGCUUGUGCUGGGCGAGCUCCUGGGGCAGCCUGGAGCCGACCUGUCGUCGGAGGCUCUGCAGAGCGAGGUGCGCAGCGCGCUGCAGGCGCUCUUCCUCCGCCUCGACGAGCAGUAUCUGCAGCAGCUGCGAAGUGCGUUUGAAGCGCGCAAGGCAUCGCUCGGCUCUGCGGUACUGACGCAGGCGGAGAUUGAGGCGACAAACCCGGACAACGGGACGACGCUUGCGAUGGCGGUUGUCUUCCGCGGAUUUGUGGUGACCGCCAACGUGGGUGACUCGCGAGUGAUGCUCGCGUCCCGGCGCGGGAAGCGGGCGGGGUGGAAGGUGGAAGCGGCGACGGUGGACCACGAUGUGGCGCACGUGGAGCGCGCCGCAAGCGCGGCCGGGGCAGGAGCCACCUUUUACGACAUUGCCAAGGCUGCACCGCGGCACCUCUCGUUCCACUCGGGCCGGCGGCGGGCAGUGGCCGAUGUGGAGAACUGCUACGUGGUGGCGCCUUCUCAGAUGGAAAACCCGUUGCGCGUGCCGCGGCGCAAGCUGGCGAUGACGGCGACGAUGGGCGACCUGUUGUUCAAGCUCGAUCCGGCCAAGCCGGUGCUCUCUGGCGAGCCGGACGUCACCUUUACGCCGCUCCCGAGCGAUGGGCCAUCGGUGCUGGUGGUGGCGUCGGACGGGCUGUGGCACGGCCUGCCUGUGGCGAGCCAGGCCGACUCGAACGCCAUGGUGGCGGCGAUGAUGGGCACGCUGUGCGACGGUGGCGAGCCACCCGAGGCCGCGGCCAAGCACCUCGCACGGGGCGAGGACCGGUCGCGGGCCGGCGGCGGUGAGGUUGCACAGCACUACGACGACACGUCGGCUCUUGUGGCGUACCUGCUGCCGCAAGAGAUUGACCAUGUGAUCCUGAAGCAGAUGGCGAGCUGAGGAGGUAGCGCCGAGUGUGUUACUCAUUGUUGCGGGGCAUGCGGCUUGACUGCGGCGCCGUGGAGCGCGCCGAGUGAGUUAGAGGCCGACUUCCACCACGGGGCCUUGGCCAGGUGGUGCUGGAUGCCGGCCAUGGAAAUAAAGAUGGCCUCCUCG